GGAAUGGUGGCGCCGGAAACUGACCGUAGGGUCAGUCUAAUUACUCUCUCAGCGUUUCUCUUUUUGGUCCUCAAAUCUUCACCUUCAAGAUCUUCUUCGUCCCUCGAUCUCCGAUUUCAAAUCUCGUUUCUCCGUUCAAGCAACCUCUCUGAAUUCCUAGUCUCACAGCAGGAAUUAGUACUCGGCGAAGCGAUUUCUGCUUCGAUCUCUACAUCUGAAGUUCCGAUCUGACGAAAUUUAGGGUUCGUCUGGGUCGAAGUUAAAUAGGAAAAAGAUUUCGAAUUGGCUUGAGAAUGGCGGAAUCUAGUGGAAGUUGGAGAGAUUCUUAUAAAGGAAUGUCGUCUGAUAACAUCAAGGGUUUGGUUUUAGCGUUGUCUUCUAGUUUGUUCAUUGGUGCUAGUUUCAUUGUUAAGAAGAAAGGGCUUAAGAAAGCUGCGAGUACUGGUACUAGGGCAGGUGUUGGUGGGUAUUCUUAUCUCUACGAGCCUCUUUGGUGGAUUGGCAUGACGACAAUGUUACUUGGUGAAAUUGCCAAUUUCGCUGCUUAUGCAUUUGCGCCUGCUAUACUUGUCACUCCUCUAGGUGCUGUCAGUAUCAUUAUCAGUGCUGUCUUAGCUCAUAUUAUAUUACGGGAAAAACUACAUAUCUUUGGAAUUCUUGGCUGUGCCUUAUGUGUUGUGGGUUCCACAACAAUUGUCUUACAUGCCCCUCAAGAACGUGAAAUUGACUCUGUGAUUGAAGUUUGGAAUCUUGCAACUGAACCAGCAUUCAUGUUCUAUGCGAGUCUGGUAAUUGGGGCUGCUGUAUUUCUCAUUAUCCGUUUUGUGCCCCAAUAUGGGCAAACAAAUGUAAUGGUUUACAUUGGUAUUUGUUCGCUCGUGGGAUCAUUAUCGGUAAUGAGUGUAAAAGCACUUGGAAUAGCAUUAAAGCUGACCUUUUCAGGAACAAAUCAGUUAUUUUAUCCUCAAACAUGGAUAUUCACCUUGGUCGUACUUACUUGUGUGGUAACCCAACUGAACUACUUAAACAAGGCUCUUGAUACAUUCAAUACAGCUAUAGUAUCUCCUAUAUACUACGUGAUGUUCACAUCUCUAACUAUUUUGGCUAGUGUCAUCAUGUUUAAGGACUGGGAUCGGCAAAACGGUACUCAAAUUGUUACAGAAAUAUGUGGAUUUGUUACAAUACUUUCAGGCACUUUUCUUCUCCACAGAACAAAGGACAUGGUCGAGGGUGCGUUCCUUAAUUUCAUUUAUGGCACUUGUUAUGCAUAUAUAUGUUCUGACGGGCUAGAUCUCGAGUUUUUGCAUUCAAUGAGAAAAAAACGUAUGCGGAUAUGAAAAGAAAUCGGAAGAUAUUCUAACUCUCUCUUAACUACAAGGAAUAAGAAUAUACAUACUACAUGUUCGUCGGUAAUAUUACCGUUGCGGAUAAGCAAGCAUAUAAAUGAAGAAGAAGGCAUUCCACUCAGACGCCAAGAAUCUCUCCGGUCACCUUAAAAGCUUUUUCGCUCUGUUUUCUGGUCCACUGCGAUAACUGCAAACCAGAGAAUCAACCUUUUUUCCUUAUCUCGACUUAUUAUGAACAUGGACCAUGGUUCUGUCUAACACUUACAAAUGGUUCAAGAAGAUCGAAGAAGGAAAGAGGAGCAGCGAGGAUGAGAUCAUCUUCUCCAAUAUCGGUAAAUAUGCUGUGAGUUCAAGCACACGCCAUUAGCACACACCCACGCCUAAACCCUUGGUGUGACAGUUAAAAUUUUAUAAACAAGAGAUGGGUUUUGCCUAAAUUGGUCUUACAAGCAUCUAUAACUAAAGGUUUCAAUUCAAGAUUUGCAUUAUUUUUUAUUGAAUCUUCUAUUUUUCUUCCUUAGUUGGUUUGAAGCUUUAAACCCUUUGAAAAACAAGAAAUGGAGACUUUGAAAGUUGACGAAACACACAUGUUUUAUUAUUAGUCAAUAGUAAUUUGAUGAGGUGGAG